CGGGGCGGGGCCGGAGAGGGAAUCCCAGCGCCUGCAGGUGGAGGCGCCCAGAGCUUCUGUGGGCUCCACCGGGCCAUGGAGCUGCUCAAACUGAACCGGAGCCUGCAGGGACCCGGGCCCGAACAGGGGGCUUCCCUGUGCCGCCCGGCGGGUCCCCUCCUCAACAGCAGCAGUGCAGGCAACUUCAGCUGCGAGACCCCUCGCCUCCGCGGCGCCGGGACAAGAGAGUUGGAGCUGGCCAUUAGAGUCACUCUUUAUGCAGUGAUCUUUCUGAUGAGCGUUGGAGGAAAUGUGCUUAUCAUUGUGGUCCUGGGACUGAGCCGCCGCCUAAGAACUGUGACCAAUGCCUUCCUGCUCUCCCUGGCAGUCAGCGACCUCCUGCUGGCUGUGGCUUGCAUGCCCUUCACACUCCUGCCCAAUCUCAUGGGCACAUUCGUCUUUGGCACCGUCAUCUGCAAAGCGGUUUCCUAUCUCAUGGGGGUGUCCGUGAGCGUGUCCACCCUAAGCCUUGUGGCCAUCGCCCUGGAAAGGUACAGCGCCAUCUGCCGGCCACUGCAGGCGCGGGUGUGGCAGACCCGCUCCCAUGCGGCUCGCGUGAUCUUAGCCACUUGGCUGCUGUCUGGAUUGCUCAUGGUGCCCUACCCUGUGUACACCGCUGUGCAACCGGUGGGGCCUCGUGCGCUGCAGUGCGUGCAUCGCUGGCCCAACGCACGCGUCCGCCAGACCUGGUCUGUCCUGCUGCUGCUGCUGCUGUUCUUUGUCCCUGGUGUGGUGAUGGCAGUGGCCUACGGGCUCAUCUCCCGCGAGCUCUACUUGGGACUUCGCUUUGAUGGUGAUACUGACAGUGAGAGCCAGAGCAGGGUCCGAGGACAGGGCAGUCUGUCCAGCUCUGCACCUGGUCCCGUCCAGAAUGGGCGUUGCCGGCCUGAACCUGGCGUGUCCGGCGAGGACAGCGAUGGUUGCUAUGUGCAACUUCCACGGUCCCGGCCAGCCCUGGAACUGUCGGCCCUGACGGCGUCCACCCCUGCACCAGGGCCUGGCCCCCGGCCCACCCAGGCCAAGCUGCUGGCCAAGAAGCGUGUGGUACGGAUGCUGCUGGUGAUCGUUGUGCUUUUUUUCCUGUGUUGGUUGCCAGUGUACAGCGCCAACACGUGGCGUGCCUUCGACGGCCCCGGGGCGCACCGGGCCCUCUCAGGGGCACCCAUCUCUUUCAUCCACUUGCUGAGCUAUGCCUCCGCCUGUGUUAACCCACUGGUCUACUGCUUCAUGCACCGCCGCUUUCGCCAGGCCUGCCUGGACACUUGCGCACGCUGCUGCCCCAGGCCCCCUCGAGCUCGGCCCAGGCCUCUCCCGGAGGAGGAUCCUCCCACCCCCUCCAUUGCUUCGUUGUCUAGGCUGAGCUACACCACCAUCAGCACACUGGGGCCUGGCUGA